AUGUUUAUGAAUUCUAUCUUUAAAUCUUGCGACAUUUGUACAUUACACCACUCUGUCAAAGGCACCUCCAUGUCAAAGGCAGUAGGAACACCAUCAGUCAUUGGUGGAUCAAAGGAUCCAGUUAAUUUUUUGUAA